UCGAUUUUUAUUUUAGUUCCACAAAAGAUGGCGGACCGAGCGCCUGGUGGCUCUCAGAAAGCUAGCGCUAAGGCGCUGCUUGAGAGCAAACUGAAGUCGUUCAGCAUCGGCAAAAUGGCUGUGGCAAAGAGAACCCUGAGCAAGAAGGAACAAGAUGAGAUAAAGAAGAAAGAGGAUGAGCGGGCAGCAGCGGAGAUUUACGAGGAGUUUCUCGCUGCUUUUGAAGGAGGGGAGGGUAAAGUGAAGGCUUUCGUCCGUGGCGGCAUUGCAAAUGCAACGAAAGAGGAGGCAGCUGCUGAUGAGAAGAAAGGAAAGUUGUACAAGCCCAAGUCCCGUUUUGAGACCCAGACGAAAAGCUUCUUGCCUUUGGACACCCCACCUCAGUUUUUAGCAAUAGACAAAAGACAUUCUGCAAAGAAAACUAGCGAGAAGGAGAAGAAGAAGAGCAACUUGGAGCUUUUUAAAGAAGAGCUUAAACAGAUACAGGAGGAAAGGGAUGAACGGCACAAGAUGAAAGGACGCGUCAGUCGUUUUGAACCUCUGGCGGGUGCUGAUGGAAGACGUUCCUCGGAUGGUUCUUCAAGAAGAAACCGUCCGUCCAGUGUUUUGGAUGAUUGUGCUCCAGGUUCCCAUGACGUUGGAGAUCCAUCCACUACCAACUUGUAUCUUGGAAACAUCAAUCCCCAGAUGAACGAGGAGAUGCUGUGUCAAGAGUUUGGCCGCUAUGGACCACUGGCCAGCGUCAAGAUCAUGUGGCCGAGGACGGACGAGGAGAGGGCUCGGGAGAGGAACUGUGGCUUUGUGGCUUUCAUGAACAGGAGGGAUGCUGAGCGAGCACUCAAGAACCUAAAUGGAAAGAUGAUCAUGAACUUUGAGAUGAAAUUAGGAUGGGGCAAAGGUGUGCCCAUUCCGCCCCACCCCAUCUACAUCCCUCCUUCCAUGAUGGAGCACACACUCCCACCGCCUCCCUCCGGCCUACCCUUCAACGCACAGCCCAGGGAGCGGCUCAAGAACCCCAACGCCCCCCUGCUUCCUCCGCCUAAAAACAAGGAGGAGUUUGAGAAGACUCUGUCGCAAGCCAUAGUCAAAGUGGUUAUCCCAACAGAAAGGAAUUUGCUCUCUCUCAUCCACCGAAUGAUCGAGUUUGUGGUGCGUGAAGGCCCAAUGUUUGAAGCCAUGAUCAUGAACAGAGAAAUCAACAAUCCCAUGUACAGGUUUUUAUUUGAGAACCAGAGCCCGGCACAUGUUUACUACCGGUGGAAGCUCUAUUCCAUACUACAGGGUGAAGCUCCUGCCAAAUGGCGAACAGACGACUUUAGGAUGUUUAAGAAUGGCUCUCUGUGGCGCCCGCCUCCUCUUAACCCGUACCUCCACGGUCCUUAUGAUGAUGGCGAGGAAGAAGAGGAAGAGGAGGAGGGGUGCAAGAAAGGCUCUCUGAAAGAAGAAGAGCGAGACAAACUGGAGGAGAUGCUGCGAGGUAUGACUCCCAGGAGGGGCGACAUCGCAGAGGCCAUGUUGUUCUGUCUGAGCCACGCCGAAGCAGCGGAGGAGAUCGUGGAGUGCGUCACAGAAUCCCUCUCAAUCCUCAAGACCCCCCUCCCAAAGAAGAUUGCGCGGUUAUAUCUCGUUUCUGAUGUGCUGUACAACUCUUCAGCCAAAGUCUCCAAUGCGUCUUACUACAGAAAAUAUUUCGAGGCGAAGCUCUGCCAGAUUUUCGCAGACCUCAAUGCGACAUACAAAGCGAUACAGGGCCACCUUCAGAGUGAGAACUUCAAGCAACGUGUGAUGGCCUGUUUCCGGGCCUGGGAGGACUGGGCUGUGUACCCGGACCCCUUCCUCAUCAAGCUGCAGAACAUCUUCCUGGGUCUAGUGAAUCUGGCUGCAGAGAAGGAGCCUCCUCCUGUCAUUGUGGAGCCUGAGCCAGUAGAGGACAUUGACGGCGCUCCAAUAGGGGAGUAUGUAGACGGCCUCCCGCUGGAGGAUGUGGACGGGAUGCCAAUUGACGCAGGGCAAAUCGACGGGGCUCCCAUCGAUGGCGCCCCUCUGGACGACCUGGACGGUGUCCCCAUCAAGGCUUUGGAAGAAGACAUCGAUGGGAUACCAUUUGAUCAGUCAAAGGAGGCAACCUUCAAAGUAGCACCCUCCAAAUGGGAAGCAGUGGACGAGGCGGAGCUAGAAUCUCAAGCUGUAACAACGUCAAAGUGGGAGAUGUUUGAGCAGCCAGAAGAAACCAAAAAGGACGAUGACAGCGACUAUGACGACAGGAGCCCCCGCUCAGACGAUAAUCAAAGCUUCUCCAAUCCUGCGAGAGACGACUCGGAUUACAAGGCCAAGCAGUCGGAAAUGAACGAGGAGAAACGCACCAAGCUCAGGGAGAUAGAGGUUAAGGUCAUGAAGUUCCAGGAUGAGCUGGAGUCUGGGAAGAGGCCCAAAAAGCCCGGUCAGAGUUUCCAGGAGCAGGUGGAGCACUACAGGGACAAACUCCUCCAGAAGGAAAAAGAAAAGGAGAAACUAGAGCGGGAGAAAGAGAAGGAGAGGAAAGAGAAGGAGAAAGCUGACGCCCGGUUGAAAGACUUGAAGAAGGAGAAAGAGAAGGAGGACACACCAACAAGGAAAGAGAGAUAUCGGGUCUCUCUGAUUCCUAGGAAAAGGCGCCACAGUGGGUCGCCCAGCCCCUCGCGGAGUAGCAGCAGACGAGGCCGCUCGUCCUCUCCUCGCUCGGAGCGGUCGGAAAGAUCAGAACGCUCCGACCGCUCCUACUCUAAAGACACAUCGUCCCGCACUGCUCACAAAGACUCUCCCAGAUCCAGCACCAAGAAGUCAUCAAAGAGAUCCCCCUCGCCUCGCACACCCAAACGGUCGAGGAGGUCGCGCUCCAAGACGCCCAAGAAAUCAACAAAGAAGUCUCGCUCCAAAUCAAGGUCGCCUCAUCGGUCUCACAAAAAAUCAAAGAAGAGCAAACACUGACACGUCUUUUCCUUUUUCCCGACCUCCAAACCAGCCUCCCCUCCCCCGCCUCCCCUCCUCUCUGCGCCGUGUUGUAUAAAAAUAAAGGAUUGACUGAUUGGGCAGCUGAAGAUCUCUGCCCUCAUGUUAAUGUAUAGACGAUGACGAGUGAAGGUCUUGCAUGGGGUUGCCAUCUGGUGUAUCAAACGGAUGGGGGCCGUUGCUGUUUUAUAUUGUACAAAAAAAUAAUGUGCUUGUGUGUCCUUAGCCCCGCCCCCUCCCCCUCCAUCAUCACCUCACAAUGGAAUUCAUCCAUGUGGUAGACCACACCUCAACAGAGUGUGAUGACUGUAGUCAUAUUCAUGCUGUCAUUUUCUGUUUUUGUAGUUCACAAUAAAAAGGAAUUCCUAAUAAA